CAUUUCAGCAGGGUAAGAUUGGUUGCUAAAGCUAAGCUAUCCGGUGUCAGUGUUGUUGCUAACUCAACCUUGUUGCUAACUCAACCUCCUACAAACUGCCGUAUAGUUUGACAGCACGUAGUCGGCAUGCUAGCUUGUUGCAUACCAUGCCCAAGCCAAAUUACUUGCCCGGGUCAGCUAGCAAUUGUGUGAGGGACGUGGAAUAAUUGCCACUACCCGGUACCAGCAGCAGGGACGGGUUUUACCAAAGCCGCCUCCUCCUCCUGCUAGCCGAAGUUCCUCAUCUGUGUGUGGAUGAGGUAGUCGGGUGUUUGAGCUAGCUCUAACACACACCGAGGCGGUGGAUACAUGUCUACCCCUCAACCACGAGACAAGACACGAAAGGGACAUUUUGCAGUUCAUGUUUCGCCAAGAAGUCAGUGUGACGUCUUUUAUUCCAUCUUGUUCGUAUCUGUUUCACUACGAGAAGAGGAAUAUGUCCAGAUAUAACAUAUACAGCCUGUUGGACUGGCUCUAUGGCGGGGUGGACCCGAAGUUUGAGGGCAACGGGGGCCCGGACUGUGCCGCCUUCCUCGCGCCCCAGCAGCGCAUCAGUGAAAGUCUGGUCAUCGUCCUCAUCUCUUUAAUAGAGGUGUGCGUGGCGCUAAAGAAAAUAAACCUCUCCAAAGAGCACCGAGUGGUGGGAAAAGACUGCGCGAAAGAGGACAGUCUGGGCAAGAACUUGUUGCUGGUGGCUCUUUGCAUGACUUUUGGAGUGGAGGUUGGGUUCAAAUUCGCGACCAAGACUGUGAUCUACCUGCUGAACCCCUGCCAUGUCAUGACCAUGGUUCAGAUCUUCCUGCUGGCCUGCCCGCCAUGUAAAACAGCAAUGGUUGUAUUUAGGCUGCAUGUCCACAUGCUGAAUGGUGCACUACUGGCAUUAAUAUUCCCUGUAGUCAACACUAGACUGCUGCCGUUUGAGAAGGAGAUCUACUACAUCCAGCACUCCAUGCUGUACCUGGUGCCUCUAUACCUGUUCAGGAAAGGAGGUGUGUACAAGCCGGAGCCUCUGGGGGACAUGUGGUGGGCUCUGCUCUCCACCGGCCUCCUCUUCCUCUACCACUUCCUCUUCCUGCAGCUCCUCGGCCUGGCGACCGAGGUCAACCUGAACAACAUGCUGUGCCCGGCCGUGUCCGACCCCUUCUACGGCCCCUGGUACCGGGUCUUGGCCACGGGCCACCAGACCCUGCUGACCCUGGUUCACGGGAAGGUGCUGACCCUCCUCUCGCAGCACACUGGCUCCAUGAGCAGGUUUCUACUGGACACACUCCGACUGCGCAGCAAGAAAGUCGACUGAACGUCCCUUAGGAUUCACACAGACCCAGCCUUUCUCUCUAAUGUCUGCUCUUGUCACGGAGACUUCUUCUUCUUUUUUAAUCAACAUUUUUAAUGCAUCUUUUUAGGACUUACCAAUGUUUUACUGAAGCAAGUGAGCAUUUCAGGGCCAGUGGAUCAAUGUGUCAUUCUUUUAGUGUGGUACUUUCAUUUUAAACCUUUAUUUAUCCAGGUGUAUCCCAUUGAGAUCAUUGAUCUCUUUUUCAAGGGACACCUGCUCAGUAGUUGUACUACAUUCAUUCAUACUUGCAUGCACAAACAUAAUAUGCAUUUUAGGGCUGGUAGUAAGCAUCGUGGAGUUUAUUUUACAAUACGAUUUUGGAAAGAAGAAUUUUUAAAGUAUAUUUCUCAAGCUGCCUUUUUUGUACGUUUUCAGGACAGGAAAUAAGUCACCAAUCUGCAGUUGUUACACUUUGAGUUCUUUACUAGUUUUGCUAUAUCAUACAAAAGCUGCCUUUUUCUGUUAGUCUCAAGUGUGUUCUGAAAAAGAUUGUGUAUGUGAGAUGUUGUAAAAGUGAAUGCUUGUUUAUAGUCGGAUGUCUGCCAUGUAUGAUGUCUGCCAUGUAUGAUGACUGUCAUGUAUGAUGACUGUCAUGUAUGAUGACCUCUGUGUUGUCAUGACUGAAAAUGUGUUCAUGUUGUCCCUCUGUUCCCACAUGUACAUCAUGAGUAGCCUCUUUUCUGCGUUUCUGUCUCCAGCCCUCUCAGAUCAUUCCAGUUGUGAUAAUCAGGGGACACAAGGAUGUAUUACAUGCAAAAAAUAUGAAAGACGAUACAUGGAUAUACACAGUUCCUACCUUCGCCAAGGAGGUCGUUUUUUAUAUCAAACCAUAUUUGUUUGGGUAUGACCGUCACUGCAUCGUUGAUGUUUGCAGAGACGGAGAAGAUCUUGACAAAAUACGCAUUUAUCCUGGAAUUGGACACUUGGAAAAAAUCUGUUGCUCAAUCUUUGAGAUUAUCUACAAGGCACCUGAAUUCUCUCCCAGGCUCAGUUUAGUGCACAGGAAACGCAUCAUCAUUGGAUCCGCAUGAAGUCACUUUGGGUCAUUAAAUGACGAGCCAUUGGAGAGAAAGUAUUAACCAGCAUUGGCCAUUCAGUAAUGGUUUAUAUCAUUUCACGUGUUGGGAAUGAGUGUGUAUGUUACUGUAGCAUAUAAUACUGUACUUCACUGUAAAGAAGGGAUAAGACUUUUGUAUUCUAUCAGUUUGAGUGUGUGUGUGAUGUGCUGACAAUAAAAGUUAUUUCAGUUCA